AUGGCGACAACAGCAUUAGAUCCUUUUAAACUUAUUGAUAUCGAGAAUGCUACUGAGGAACAGGCGUUGGUCUUGGAGGAUAUAACUAAACAAUUUGAAUUAUCGACUCAAAAAAUCACCGAGAUUGUCCAGCAUUAUGUUGGUGAAAUGCACAAAGGCUUGGAAAAGAACAAUCAUACCCUGGCAAUGAUUCCCAGCUUUGUUAUUGGUAAACCGACCGGCAAAGAAGUUGGAACUGUUCUCGCCAUGGAUUUGGGUGGCACAAAUUUUCGUGUUUGCCUAAUGGAAUUCAAAGAAAAUACCGAAAUAAAUAUCAAACAACAAAAAUAUCGCGUACCAGAUGAAUUCAAAACUGGAAAAGUGAAUAUGUUGUUUGAUUAUAUCGCUGACUGUGUCGACAAAUUCCUCCAAGAAAUCGGCUAUGAAAAGAAAAAUGGAAUAUUAGACCUUGGCUUCACUUUUUCUUUUCCUGUGCAGCAAACGGCUAUCGAUAAGGGUACUUUACUACAUUGGACCAAAGGAUUUGAAGCGGAAGGAGCCGUUGGAGAAGAUAUCGUUAAAUUGAUGCAAGGUUCAUUAAAUCGAAGACAAAUUCCUGCUCGUGUCGUUGCUUUGAUAAACGAUACUGUUGGAACAUUAUUGGCACAUGCUUACAAACGUCAUACAGAUGCUUUAAUUGGAGUGAUUCUUGGUACUGGUACUAAUGGCGCGUAUUUUGAAAAGAUAUCACAUAUUAAAAAGUUGGGCACUUUUCAAUCUAAAUCCGAAGAGAUGAUUGUUAAUAUGGAGUGGGGAGCUUUUGAUCUCGAGCGUAAAAUUCUCCCAAUUACAAUGUUUGAUAAUAAAUUGGACCGUGAAUCAUUAAAUCCUCGUGCUCAAUUAUUCGAGAAGCUCAUCUCGGGAAUGUAUCUCGGAGAAAUCGUGCGCAACAUUAUUCUUUACCUUAUUGAUCGUGAUCUUCUAUUUAAAUGUGUGCAUUUUGACUACUCAACAUUCAAAGAAAUUAACAAGCAAUGGGCUUUCGAUACAGUUUGGGUCUCGACAAUUGAGGCAGAUCAAAGUUCAAAUCUUGACGACACCAAAAUAGUUUUUGAGAAAUACUUGAACAUAUAUUCAACCUCUCUAACCGAUCGACAAAUCGUAAAGAAAGUUUGUCAAAUUGUGGGAAUUCGCUCUGCACGAUUAGGAGCUGCUGGGUUAGCAGGCGUGAUCUCACAUCGAGGCGCGAUUAAAACUGGAUGCAGCAUUGGAAUCGACGGAUCAUUAUUCGAAUUUUAUCCGAAUUUUGAACAACGACUCAAAUCCACAUUUCACGAAGUAUUUGGAUCUGAUGCUGAGAAUAUUCAUCUGGAACUUACGAGAGAUGGAUCGGGUGUGGGUGCUGCGUUAGCUGCUAUACUGGCAGUAAAACACGCAUAG